GGUGAAAGAUGGGCCUUACUUGCCCUCCAUCUUGGCCUACUCAACGCAUACCCAGUGGCAGAGGCCCCGUCCAUACCUUCGCCAGCAUUCACCCUCAUCCGUGUUGCUACAGCCAUGCAAGGAGUAAUCAGGCCCGAUGGCCCCGAUAACGACAUGGUCCGAGAGGGGUUGCUAUCGGAAAGACGGGAGAGUAAAGGUGCCCAUGAGUACAAGGAGGAGCACACGAAUGCAGAGGGUGGAAGGAUGAGGAUAAAAGAGCCUUGCGUACCUCGUCUUAUGAAGGUCCAGGAAUCAAGGCUCCUUGACGAUUCCAAAAAUGCUUGCCGACCAACCGACGACUACUUCUACUGCAUGUCACUACGGACAAUGUUGAUGGACUCUGACCAUACUGAGCAUUUCGGAGAUCUCAGUCUGGCAUGA